AUGGCAGGCCCUCUCCAGGUUGGAGACCUUAUCAGCCUCGGGCGCCUAGCCUGGGAAGUCUACCGCUUUGGCUGGUCUGAAGAACAUAAUGCAACAAGACAAUAUGAAGAAUUUGGAAGAGAUGUCAGAGGUCUCGCCAAGAAUCUCGAUAUCCUUAGCAGAGUAGUUGCAUCGGCAGACAACUCUCUCCAGAGUCAAAGACGGCAAGGCGCUCCGGCAAGGCUACGAUGGGACCGGACGUCGCUGAUUCAGAUCAUUGGGGACUACGAGAUGACAUUACGAGAAUGCAAUGAACUUCUAAGAUCAAACAGUCGAUAUCGUGUAGGAACCAACCCUUUACGCAACCUGGAAUGGAAUGUACUCGUUCAGCCCGCAGCUGAUCAACUGCGCCAAAGGAUCACGCUGCACAACUCGAAGAUCCUGCACGUCCUGAAACCGUUUGAAGUUGAUCUCCUUUUACGGGUACGACAAGAUAUUGAGCUCAUGCAUCGAGACCUCGCGGACCGCAUCACAGCUGCUCAUCAUGACAUCCGCCGUCUGAUGGGAGUUCUUAUCCCUGACCUUGAUGAAGCCCUCGACCAAAGAGUUCAGCGCAGUGUUGUACUACUAGAAGUGCCGGUGGACUUGGACGAACAGUUCCGGUUUGCAGCGCUCACUGGUCACUCCGAGUAUCGCACCGAGGCGGACUUCGAGCUCACCGAGCUGUCGGAUGCAUUCAUACUGAACUUUCAUAAGAGCACAAUCAACUUCAAGUCUGGUAUGGUUGUUGAAGAACGUGUUCCGACGGUUGACCAGUAUCUCAACUUGUUGAAGUGUGUAUGGAUUUUCAAGAGAAUUCAGGCGGCCCCUGCUUUGCGGGAGGCGGAUAAGGACACUUCCCACUGGCCAUCCUACGCCCGGCAACUGGAAGAUGACCUAUCAUCCCAAUGCGCUCGAUUUGGCCGCGAGUUGGUGACGCCAAGAAUAAUCAUUUCGACGCUCAAACGAGACAUGUUCACGAUCUGGCCAGAGAAAGAACCCGCCCCUCUUGUUGACCUUGUUACAAAAGACGAGAUGAUGGAACAACUGCUAGAGGUCCCAGGUAUCGAGAAGAAAGCCAAGCUCCUUCGAAGGCUAGACGCAGAUGGGCGAAGAUUCAGAAUCAUCAUGUCUGGAUCUGCUCAAGCGGGAUCGGGAAAACCAAGGCAGCAAACUGAGAAAUUUGACUUCGACAUCACCACAAUGGUCUUUAACCCACAAUACGCAUUGCCCACAGGCGCUCAUAUGACACAAGAGAUCAUCCUAAGACAGAACGAGAGAAUCGCAAGGCUGGACUUCAUGGACGGAGCUGAUAUACUGAGGUUCCAGCAAGCGGUCACUGGAUUCAAGCCAUGGGCCUCUGCCACGCAGUACGACUGUCAAGUCAUUUUCGUCCUGGGUGGCGUCAAAGAGACAAUCAUGGAGAACGCUUGCCUUCAACUCUGGAUACCCAAAUCAACCGAGGGCUCGCUUGUCACCAAUAGCGAUGCCGCAGUCAACACCAUCAAGGCUUCAUCAAGCCGUCAAAACUCCAUAUCGACCCUUGCCUCUGGAGCGAUGCCAAGUUCGCCCCUUUCAGGGAGCAGGCCAUUUGCAUCACCGGCGCAGACGUUCUCGUCUUACGGAAAUGGCGGAGAUGGCUUCGCUAUGGGUCCCCCUGGCCGUCACCCAAGCCUUCCAACCAUACGACAGAGACAGCCCACAGGGCCCGAGUUCUACGGAUCGUGGCCGGGAAGAACUUCCCCAGAGCCGAUAGGAUCAUCGCCUGUAGAACGACAGAGCUUCUUCCCGAUACCGGGACCGCCGCGACAGGCUCCACCCCGGAAGCCAGUCGGAUCAACCCCAUCUCCUCGGCGUUCCAGUUCUCUCUUUCCGCCUCCUUCCAGCAGUACAACUAUGACCAAUAACGGGCGUUCUUUCAGCAUAUCGAGUGGCGUCUCAAGCAACAGUAACUCAUCGAAUAGCGAUGUUCGAAGUGUUAGCAUUUCUACAGGAACAAAUUCCACAGGGCUCCUUCACAAGCGCCCAGUGAAGCCGAUGCUGGUCUUAUUCACACAAAACCGACAAGGAGAUAAGUUCUCGUUUGUGACGGUUCAGAUUGACGACGAAACAAACAUGAAUCCAGAGCGCUGCAACUGUCGCCGAUCCGGAAGAGAUGGGGCAUCCUGCGAUAUCGCGGCAAUCGAGAGGAAGAAGGGUGAUGCUCCUAUUUCAGCCCGAAGAUAUGAGCAGUCACCGUCGGACGGCGAGAUGGACUGGAACUUGGCCCGGUUGGCGCUGAACAACCCUGCCUCGACAAGCGACAGUGUCAACUGGCCCAACCUCAAACGUCUUAGCAUCAAAUUUCCAACUCCGCAGGCACGAGCUAAGUUCUGUGGCACACCAAAUGUCUGCCAUUGCAAGAUCAAGAAGGAAGGUGACUUGCUCAAGUGCAUACAAGAACGCCAUCGCGGACUCUGGGGAGAGGUCCAAGAGAACUACAGGAGGCAGAUGAACAGCUUUCACAAGCAGCGAUACGAGAGCAGAUCUCAUGUGGUGUAUGGCGUAACGAGUUGA